CUUCCAAUGUUUUCGCUUUCAACGCUACCACAGAACGUUCCACUAGCUGCUACCAACGCACCCAAUGCUACGCAAGUGGACCGCCUGGGUGCGUUAUGUAUUCACAUUUCUUAACCUAUCCUAUCUCACCUAUCUUAUUGAAAUCCCAGUUGGAGUAGUUUGGAUUUCGAGCAGUUUGGAGACAACGUGACAUAGCGAUAGUAAUAUUAAAAGAAUCUUUUGUUUGCGAGUUAAGUCUGAAGGAUAAUAUAAUAAAUAGUAUAAACAUGGAGGUGGACAUUGCGUUAAUGUGUAUUGUAAGGACUUUCCUGGAACCAUCUGCUUACAUUUAUGAAGAUGACGAUGUGGACAUAUUAAAAUUAAUUAUAAACCAGAUGGAUACUAUAGAAAAUCGCCAACAAAUUCCUAAAAUACAAGUCGAAUUAUUCUGUCGAAAAAUUAUGUCGAAAACAUAAUUCCAUCGCUUAGCGGUAUGGAGUUUAAAUCUCACUUUCGAAUGCUGCCUUCUACAUUUGAAUUAAUUUUAAACGAAAUUGGACAAAAUCUUGUGCGUGCUACAGAUGGAAAUAACAUAUCUCCUGAUAAACAAUUUUUACUAAGUCUUUGGCGUUUUGCAACACCAGAUUCAUAUAGAUCCAUAAUUCAACGAUUUAAUGUUGGUAAAGCUACUGCCGUACGAGCAGUGCGCCGAGUUGCCAAAGCAUUGACUGAGAUUUCGCCAAAUUAUAUAAAAUGGCCUGCAGGAGAUAAAGUACAAGCUAUUGUAGAAGGUUUUUCUUCUGUAAAUGGUUUUCCUGACACCAUCGGCGCUAUAGAUGGUACUCACAUUAAUAUCCCUGCACCUAAUAAAAAUCCAGAAGCUUAUGUAAAUCGGAAGGGUCAUCAUUCAAUUCAUGUACAAGCUGUUUGUGACCACACAAGAAAAUUUACGCAUGUUUAUGUGGGAAAUGUAGGUUCCGUUCAUGACGCUCGUGUUUUUCGCUUAUCAGCUCUUCAAGAAUAUAUUCAUGAUCCAAAUAAAUUCCCGAAUAACACGCAUUUGAUUGGAAAUGCUGCUUAUAAGUUGCAUCAGCAUCUGUUGGUUCCAUAUUCGGAUAAUGGACACCUUACACGAUAUCAGAAGAAUUAUAAUUAUUGCCAUUCUUCUACUCGAAUGGUUAUUGAAAGAGCAUUUGGUCUUCUGAAAGGGCGGUGGAGAAGUUUAUUAAAUAAUUUAGCAAUUCAUCGCAUGGAUUUCGCGCCUUAUCAUAUACUAGCAUGUUGUGUGUUACACAAUAUUUGCCUAUUAAACAAUGAUGAAUUGCAAUUACAACAUGAAACUAUUGUUAUAGAUGUAGAGGAAAUAGAAAUGCACAAAAGAGUAGAACAUAAUUUUGAUAGAGCUGUUGCGGAAGCAAAGAGAAAUAACAUAUGUGUUAAUUUACGUGUAAGAAAUAUAUAACAUAUAUUGUAGAAGUAUUUAUUAAUAAAAUAUGUGAUAUGUAAUAGUAACAUUUUCUUGUACAAAUGCUUUUGUCAUAUAGAAUUAAAAUAAAACGCAACUACUUAUAAGUA